CGGGGCGGCCCCCGACUUUGCGCCCCGUAGUUGAGUUCCGUUUAUGGUCUGAUUUCCGGCGCCCGUCCGCUCGCCCAGCCGCCCGCCUGUCCCGCUCCCUCCCUCCCGGGGACUCGGAGGAGAGGGGACCAUGCCGGAGCCCGGGCCGGACGCCCCCGGCACUGCUAGCGCGCAGCCCCCACCGCCGCCGCCCCCGCCUCCCGCGCCCAAGGAGUCCCCGUUCUCCAUCAAGAACCUACUCAACGGAGACCACCAUCGGCCGCCCCCUAAGCCGCAGCCGCCCCCACGGACGCUCUUCGCUCCGGCCUCAGCAGCCGCCGCCGCCGCCGCCGCUGCGGCCGCUGCUGCCAAGGGAGCCCUGGAGGGAGCCGCGGGCUUCGCGCUCUCGCAGGUGGGCGACCUGGCUUUCCCCCGCUUUGAGAUCCCGGCGCAGAGGUUUGCCCUGCCCGCGCACUACCUGGAGCGCUCCCCGGCCUGGUGGUACCCCUACACCCUGACCCCCGCCGGCAGCCACCUCCCGCGACCUGAAGCCUCGGAGAAGGCCCUGCUGCGAGACUCCUCCCCCGCCUCGGGCACCGACCGCGACUCCCCCGAGCCGUUGCUGAAGGCCGACCCAGACCACAAGGAGCUGGACUCCAAGAGCCCGGACGAGAUCAUUCUGGAGGAGAGCGAUUCGGAGGAAGGCAAGAAGGAGGGUGAGGCGGCGCCGGGCGCGGCCGGGGCGAGCGUGGGGGCGGCGGCGGCGGCGGCAGCGACGCCGGGCACCGAGGACUGGAAGAAGGGCGCCGAGAGCCCGGAGAAGAAGCCCGCGUGCCGCAAGAAGAAGACGCGCACGGUCUUCUCGCGCAGCCAGGUCUUCCAGCUCGAGUCCACCUUCGACAUGAAGCGCUACCUGAGCAGCUCGGAGCGCGCCGGCCUGGCCGCGUCCCUGCACCUCACCGAGACGCAGGUCAAGAUCUGGUUCCAGAACCGCCGCAACAAGUGGAAGCGGCAGCUGGCGGCCGAGCUGGAGGCGGCCAACCUGAGCCACGCCGCGGCGCAGCGCAUCGUGCGCGUGCCCAUCCUCUACCACGAGAACUCGGCCGCAGAGGGCGCAGCGGCCGCGGCUGCGGCCGCGGGGGCCCCGGUGCCGGUCAGCCAGCCGCUGCUCACCUUCCCGCACCCCGUGUACUACUCGCACCCGGUGGUCUCGUCCGUGCCGCUGCUCCGGCCUGUCUGAGGCCCGAGAGGGGAGGAGGAGGGAGGCCCGGCCCUCUUCCCAGACCCCGGAGGAGACUGGGCCGGGCAGAGGGCGCCGAGACGUCCAGCGGCCUUCGGGAACCGGGGCUCCGGCGCGCGGCCCCGGCCUCCCCUCCCCCAGUCGGUAGCGUUUUUUUGUAAGUAUUUGCAAUGCAUUUUCGUGCAAUUCACCCCUAAUGGAUUUGAGGCGCUUCCCCUCUUAUUUUUGGUUUCGGUUUAUAAUAAGAGAAAGCAAGAAAGAGACAUUUCCAGGUUAAAUAUUUCGGCUGGAAGCUUUUGUAAAAUGUGCGAUCCUCUCACCGCCACCCCCCACACCCCCAGACUCUCAUUGCGCUGUGACUUUUUGGGUUUAUUUUUAUACAAGGAAAGUAAACGCAAAGCCUGAACCCCCCGUUUAUUCAUUUUCUAAAGAACUAUUUUCAGAAGUCAGGAGAGAGACAGAGAAUUCACAUUGUACUUUUAUUCUGGAUCUCUGGGUGUGGCUGUUCCCCUUCACUCCCAAUUAUUCCCCAAUUUUCAGAAUCUGAGCGGCUUCUCAUAAGAACCCAGACUCAGGCCACUUUUCUGUCUCCUCUCUCUGGCAGAGGUCUGUCGCAGUUCACCUCUUCAUCGGUCCCUUUUUGUGAUGGAUGAAUUCUCUAAGUGAUUAAAGGGAAAGGACAAGAUAGCCCACAACCAGACUUCUGAUUAUUGAAACACCUCCACAUCUGGCCUGGUGUGAAUGGUCUUAUUUAUUAGUAGCCUCUGUUUGGGAAAUUUCAUUUGUUGGUAAAUUAUUAUUAAUAUUCCUAUUGUUACUUUGUUCCCUGUUUUGAGAGAGUGAUUUCAAUAUUAAAAAAACAAACAAACAAACCUAUUUUUUAUCCUCUCCCCCUACCUUUUUGUUCUGCAGUAACUAUUGUAGUUUUGACCUGUGCAAUAUUGUACAAAAUUUCCUGAGAGCCCUGCUUCUUCCUCUGCGGAGAGAAGCAGAUGUUUUCAAUGUCUAAUCCCAGUCAAUCGUUUAUGAGGAGGAAAUUAAGGAGGAGAAAAGGCGGAAGGAAGGAAACAAGGAUAGGUAGCUAUGCUCGAAGGAGUAAGAUAGGCAUACUGGAGCGCUUUAAGUGAAGGACAAUCAAUUUAGGAG